AUGCACGGUCUCGCAGCAUCUGAAAUACUGUUGAAACAAACUCUUAAUGCCUACAAGUCUGUGAAUUGCUAUUCUUUAAGUGAGGAAAACGAUGAAGAAUACGAAAACCCAUCUGAUGUGGAAAUUAUUCGACUUAUGGUGAAAGAUCCACAAUCAGCACCCAUUAUCCAAAGCAGGAUUUUAUGUAUCCUCCAUAAUAUUCCCGCACGUACAUUCCGCACCUUUGAAGUAAAGACGUUUGGAAUUGAGCCCGUGGCGGUGCUCCCACAUUUUGAACCAAAUGAGGAUGAAGCUAGACUCAUUGAGUUGCUACAUCAGCUAACAAGACUCUGCACAUAUCUUGCGUGUUCUGCUAUGAAGUUACGUUGCAUUUCUUGUUGUCAUACAAUGCGAAUGGCCUCUUUCCUGGAUGACCUUCUUGAGGAUCACCCCGAGUUAGUACCGCCAUUGAUGGACAUUUGGUAUUUCGCGGAGGUAUCUCAACUCAAUGGCCUGAUAUCGGUGACGGAAUACCUCGAUCGAAACGAUAAACCGGACCAGCUUUCCGACCAAACAGGUCACUACGAUGCCAUGUAUGAGACGAACCGCGCUUUUCUGGACUCACGUGCCAUCUCUUCUCCCUCGUUGAGCCCAAUAUCUCUCUCAAGCACUGGUUCUCUGAACACUCUCUAUAUGUUCAACACCGCACGCAAUCUCAGUGACACCAGCUGUGAUUGCAGUGUCAGCGGCAGUAGUAUUACUUUCGGCGUUGAAAGUGCGGUGGAGGGAGUUGAGCCACUGGACGCCAAGACCGCCAGACGUAUUGCCCUCGCCAUUCUCUCACGUAUUGCACGUCUCCUUGACAUCGGUUUGGAUGAACUCCUGACAGCUCUCUUACCUCUAUCGUCGGCCUCGUUUGGGACGCCACAGUCGAGUCCACGCUGUGAGCGGCUGGUGGAGUGGGGUCGAAUGGUCCACGCUAAUCUCACCCAGAUGGAUGAAAAGGGCUUUGUUGAGGGCAUACCCGUCAGCCGUGUAGUGGAAUCUUCAGCGCUGGCCUAUUUGCGUGCCCUAGCUGAUUGGCCUACGAAGGCCAAUCGUGUGCAACUGUUGGAGGAGUCAAUCGCUGUCAUGGACGACUUCCUCAUCACUGCCUCGACUGGAUUUCCCAUUCUGCAGUCGCAACAAUCUAAAAAACAGCAUCAUUUUCUGCGUUUGGUGGAGUUCAUUCUGUGUAGAUUUAAUCUCUCACAUCUGCAUCUUACCGCCUCUCGUCCAUCAGAGGAGCCCCGUGCACCAAAGGAGAAUGUUGGUUUGGGUCAUGACCAAUUUCUACCGGUAGACACAACGAUUCCCUUCAUUGAUGAGUCAUGCCUGGCCUUCAAUACGACUUCUGAUGAUCCGCCGCUCGUUGAAAACUGUAACCUAUCAUCGCUGCUUGAGCAGUCACCACCAAACGCCCCUAAGGUGGCGCCACUCAGCGUUAAAAUUCCAGUCGUCUCUCACUGCAGUGCUGGUGGCACCUUCACCCCUAUUUCGCCACCACUGCUCCGUUGCGGCUGUGCCGACAGCGCGGCUGCCGCAAUAGCCAUUCAGACAGCCCUCCUUUUUAUCCCUCCUGAACUGCGCUUCCAACUCCAACUCUUCGUGGAGCAGGCGCAAGAGGUUACAGCCAACGCAGAGCGCCACAUCAGACCUGAGAAGACACUGCACUAUGUGCAACCUAAGGUCAUUGAUGAUUUAUACCUCUUCCUAUCCUCAAAUCUGCAGCUAGCCAAAUGGUUUGCGCCCAGGUUUUUCGCCUUCUCAACCAAUCUCACCAAGUCUUCGGGUCACCAUCUCCUGGAGUAUAUUCUCUCUUUUCCUCAAUCUCUCCGGCUUCUUAAACCUCCGCCGUCCUGUCUGGAUCUAGGAAUCGAAGGGUGGGCUAAUCGGUUUCCGGAGUUGGAGCCCCAAAGUCCGCGGUUGGAUAUGGGGAGGGCGGCGGAUCGACGCCCCAAUUUUGAUAUCGUUUCUAGUCCCGCCGCUGCCAACCAUGAGGAGAAUGAGAGUGUCGUUGUCGCUGGCAGUGGUGGUGGUGAGAGUGGCCAAGUCAGUCCCAUCAGUUGCCCUGUUGAUGCAGAGACUGCCUCCUCGGCCACCAAUGUGGAAUCCAUGUGGGAUCAGCGCACAGUGAGAAACUGUCACUUACCUUACCUUUCUCCUCCUAUCUUUUUCUUUCACUUUAUCGACAUCGCAGCUGAUGUGCAGUGCACUGUCACCCUCGGGCCUCGCCAAGUUACACGCGUUGAGUCACUGGAUUACUGGUUACAAGGAUCGCUCGACCUGAAACACGUCCUUACUCUGGGAAACAUGCGGCAUCUCAUUCAUACACUGAAUUUCUUCAUCGACGAUAAGCAUAUGGAUCCCAAAACUAAGAUGCGCUAUAUCAAGCAGUUUGAGGCAACACAUCCCGACGUGUUCUGGCUGCGUUUUGGUGACUCACAGACCGCGAAAAAUUACUACGCUCAUCUCCAUCGCCGCAUCGACGAAUCAAGGGGCGGUCCCUGCCGUGGUCAGUCACAUACCAGGCUGGUUGGCCGGUUCGCUGAAAUCUUCAGGCUUCGCAACCACUUUCGCACCAAGAAACAAUCCCACCAACUCUGA